AUGAGGACUAGCCUUCUUCUCCUUGCUGCUCUUGGUGUUAUCUCUGUCAUCACCACACCGGCAGUAGCGCUCAAAAGCAAAUGGCAGCCGAUCAAGAACAUCACCAACCCACAUGUCCAGGACCUCGGCACCUGGGCGGUGGUGAAGUAUGGUAUGGUGUCCAACAGCAGGCUCCAUUUCAAACAAGUGGUAAGCGGUGAGGUGCAGAGAAUGACCGAGGGCAUGAACUACCGGCUUGAUGUCCAAGUAUCUCGGAUGGAUCACAAGGAUGCCAUGUACAAAGCAGGAGUUCUCGAGGAGGACAAACCGCUCAGCACCAUUCGCAAGCUUGUCUCCUUCGCCAAGGCCAAAUGA